AGAAACACUUCCACUUCCGGUUCUUUAUUCCAGAAGUGGCUCCGAGGGAGCGCGCGGCUUAGUGUGGUCUUUGUUAGCUUCCACCAUGGCGUACCGUGGCCAGGGCCAAAAGGUGCAGAAGGUGAUGGUGCAGCCCAUCAACCUCAUCUUCAGAUACUUGCAAAAUAGAUCUCGGAUUCAGGUGUGGCUUUAUGAGCAAGUGAAUAUGCGGAUAGAAGGCUGUAUCAUUGGUUUUGAUGAGUAUAUGAACCUCGUAUUAGAUGAUGCAGAAGAGAUUCAUUCGAAAACAAAGUCAAGAAAACAACUAGGUCAGAUCAUGCUGAAAGGAGAUAAUAUUACUCUGCUCCAAAGUGUCUCUACCUAGAAAUGACUUGAUGAAGUGAGGAAUUACUGAGAAGCAAUACAGUUUGUGUUUUUUGGUGUC